GCGAUGUCACGACGACGGGGUGGGAGCUGACGCCGGUGGCGAUUGCGGCCGGUCGUCGCCUCGCGGACCGUCUCUUUGGCAACGAGCCAAACGCGUGCGUCAACUAUUCCCAAAUUCCCACGGUCGUGUUUAGCCACCCGCCGAUUGGCACGAUUGGCUUGACCGAGCCGCAGGCCAUUGCGCAGUACGGCGCGCACAACGUGACGACGCAUACGAGUUCGUUCUCCAACAUGUUUUACGCCAUGUGCGCCGAGAAGGACAAGACGGUCGUCGGCGUUCACGUCGCGGGCCUCGGCGCCGACGAGAUGAUCCAGGGCUUUGGGGUUGCCGUCAAGAUGGGUGCGUACAAGUCGGACUUUGACAAUAUCGUGGCGAUCCACCCCACGGCGUCGGAGGAGCUCGUGACGAUGCCUGAGUGGGGCAAGAUCAAGGACACUGUGACGUUGCCGCUUGGCACGGCGCGCAAGCCGCCGACGCUCCUCAAGCCGCCGACCAGCAACUAA